CAAUGCGGUCGGACAACACUCUGCUGAAUGUAUGUGAUCUUCAAAAGAGUCAGUGAUGGAUGUGUAAAGGAUGUUAUGGGAUUACAGUGCAGUGUUUACAUGGAAUAAGCUCGCAGUAUGGAAUCUGUUGGAGAAAGCAGGCUCAGCACUUGAGGACAACCUGGGAGCCGCUUCAUUCAUCUGAACUGGAAAACUGUGUGUUUACUUGAGGUGUCUAUAUAGUGUGCAGAUAUUAACCAUGCAUUUGGGCAAAGGACUGCUGUUUGUUCUGCUUUUAAACAGUGUGACCAUGAGCUUGUCUCUGUCCACCUGCACCACAGUGGACAUUGAUAACAUUAAGAAGAAGAGGGUGGAGGCCAUCCGGGGUCAGAUCCUCAGCAAACUCCGUCUGACCAGCCCGCCGCAGACCCUGGGCCCUAGUCAGGUGCCCUACCAAGUGCUGGCCCUCUACAACAGCACCAGGGAUCUGCUGGAUGGAUUCGGCAAGGACAGACACCAGAGCUGCGGGCAGGACAACACUGAGACUGAGUACUACGCUAAAGAGAUACACAAGUUCAACAUGAUCCAGGGAUCUCCUGAAAACAAUGACCUGCCCUACUGCCCGAAGGGAAUCACAUCGAAGGUUUUCCGCUUUGACGUCUCUAUCAUGGAGAAAAACGCCAGCAACCUGUUCCGCGCAGAGUUUCGUGCCCUGCGUAUGCCGAACCUGAGCACCUCCAGGACCGAGCAGAGAAUCGAGCUCUAUCAGAUUCUCCGUCCUGAUGAGCACAUCGGCAAGCAGCGCUACAUCGGCAGAAAAAACGUGAUGAUUGGAGGGACGGAUGAGUGGGUUUCCUUCGACGUCACUGAGACCGUACGAGAGUGGCUGACAAACAGAGCAACGAACCUGGGCCUGGAGAUCAGCGUUCACUGCCCCUGUCACACCUUCAGACCCAACGGAGAGAUCAUCGAGAACGUCAACGAGGCGCUGGAGGUCAAAUUCAGAGGGAUGGACGUUGAGGACGACGGGCCGAUCCGCUCAGAUAUGGGUCGUCUAAAGAAGCCAAAAGAGCAGAAUUUGCCUCAUCUGAUCCUCAUGAUGCUGCCGCCGCACCGGCUGGAUGUCCUGCCCACCUCCAGACGACGAAAGCGAGCUCUCGACACCAAAUACUGCUUCUCAAAUUACGAGGAGAACUGCUGCGUUCGGAAACUGUACAUUGACUUCCGGCAGGAUCUGGGCUGGCGGUGGAUUCAUGAGCCCAAAGGGUACCAUGCCAACUUCUGCUCUGGGCCAUGUCCGUACCUCCGCAGUGCUGACACCACACACAGCUCGCUGCUGAGUCUGUACAACACGCUGAACCCAGAGGCGUCUGCGUCCCCCUGCUGCGUUCCUCAAGACCUGGAGCCGCUCACCAUCCUCUACUACGUGGGCCGGACGCCUAAAGUGGAGCAGCUUUCCAACAUGAUCGUCAAAUCCUGCAAGUGCAGCUGAGAGGUCCGUUUUCAACCCAUCCACGAGCCAAAAGCUUCUGCGUUUUCAGACCAGCCAAAAGGCCACACGACCAUCCCUCAGACUUCCAGACCUUUAAAGUGACCUGUAGCGUGUAAUGUUCGGUCCGCUCUUUUAAACCUCAUGGGCAUUUCUGAACUCUGGAGCUCCAUGGAAGAUCUACAGACGGAGCUUUACUGAGAUCCCACACAUGCUGGAGCCACGGAUGGGUUCAACCAGCGUUUCUGUACAACGUAAUGAUUCUUUUGUUCCUCCAGACUGUUUAAAGUGUGUACCACAGUAACUCGCACUGUCUAAUGGGUUUUUUUUUUGUUAAUACAAACAUGCUGGAAAGAGAAAACAUGGUGUUUGGCCUUGGUUAUGUUUACCUCUGUCACACGGCAGAAGUUUUAGGGAUUUGUUUUUAGUUCUUCAAUGAAGCUGACGUAUGCCGACACAUGAACUUCUAGAUCACCAUCUGCUAAUGUUUCUACUGCUAUUACUCCUGAAAACACCCCUUUUUUAAUUAAAAUGACAAAA